AUGCAAAGUCAAUAAGGCAUUGCACCAGGCACAAGAAAUGGGCCAAUAUAAUCAAGUUUAGAUUAAAGUUUAACUGAGGGGAUAAUGGAUAAGAAUGAAGAGGGAUAAUAUAUAUUAGAAGAGAAUCAUUCUUAGUAUAGUAGAGAAAAGGAGCUUGCUCAUUAAUUAAAUAGGUUUAGAUUUAAAAAUCAAAAAAUUAUUUAAAAAUUGCUGACUUUAAUUGGAGGCGAAGAAGGGGGAGCAGUUUCAUAUCAAACAAGCAUCUACCUACCUGAAUUAAACAGAGAAAUAAAAUUUUAAAAUGAAGAAAUAGUUAAAAAAUUAAGAAAUUAUAUUCAUGAAAUUGAUAUUGUCAAUUAAAUCUUGUCUGAUUUCACAUUUAACCCAACUUAAAAUCAAGAGUUUGUUAAUAUGUACAAGCAGCAAGUAUUGCAAAACAAGAUUUUAUUUGAUUAAAAUAGUGAAAGGAUCCGUUAAAAGCUCCAAGCUUAAGCAUAUUAUAGUUAUUAUCUAAAAGAUGUAUCUUUAAAAAAUUAUGAUGAGUUAAUUAUUCUACUCUUGAUUGAAGAAUUUAUAAUUCUUAAUUCCUAAUCUAGAUAAAGCGAUUCCUUAACCUUAGAUUUUAGUCAUUCUCCAUAGCACUUAGGAUUAAUAGAUAACUUGUAUAAUAAAUUAUUUGUUAUUAUAAGUGACAAAAAAGAGUAGUCUUCUGGUGGUAUCUCAGAAGUUAAUAAUGAAUAUAAAGAAAAAAGUAACGCUGCUGCAUUUGCUUCAGAUCCUAAUUCUUUAUAUGAUGUUUUUAUUUUAUUGAUAUAUGAUGACAAUAUAAAUACAAAUCAAGACUUAAAUACUCCGCUAAUGAAAAACACGAAUUUUAAAAAUGGGAUGCUAUCAUAAACAGCAAUGUAAAUGAAUUCUCAAAACUAACCUUUAACUAAUACUUAACGUACUGAUCGCUUUAAUCAAUCUCUCUACCCAUAGAAAUAUAAAUAAUUAAUUAAGAGAUCAACUUAAAUACCAAAAACAAGUAUCUUGACUCUAGUUGAUUUAAUGGAUUCUAACGCAGAUCGAAGGGUUACUCUUGAAGACAUAAAAUAAUUUUCUCACAAAAAGUUUAUUUACUAUAAAGAUAAUAUAUACUAAGAAAUGUUUGAAGAUGUAGUAAAAUUAAGAAGGACAACAUUUUAAGAAUAAAAAAGCUAACCUCUAACAGUCGAUGAAAUAUGGGCUGCAGUUUAAAUGCAUUAUAAGCUUGGGCCAAACCAUGAGUGGAUCGAAAACCCAAGGCCUUAUAGGAAGUACUGGGUCCAAUUGUUGCAAGCAGCAGGUGAGAGGCUACCUAAGUAACAUGACCUACCCAGUUUGACUAUUUAGCCAAUUAAAGAUUAGCAUUAAAUUACAAUCCUUAAAAAUAAAUCAUAAUUGUCAAAGACAAAAUCUUGUAUUGACAUUAAGAAUAUCCCUAAAAAAUAAUAUCUUAAACCUUUUAGAGCUGAAGCUGGCAUUGUAGUAAAUAAUACUGAGAACAUAUAGGAAGUAGUUUAAGAUUAUAGAGAGUAAAUGAGUCAUCUAAAAGAACCUGAACCAUUUGAGAAAGUAGUAAACUUAAAAUUCAAGCACCCAGAGAAUGGAGAGUUGCAAACAGUCACUUUUGAGACUAAAAAUUACUUCAACGAAGCAGAAAGACUUUCAAAAAACCCUCAUUAAUACAAAACCUAGGCUAAAAAUCCUAUUUACUCUUUUGUACCUGAAAACUUUAAUUUUUAGAUUAAUAACCAAAACUAAGCUGGCUAAAAUGCUAUUACUUAAUCUUAAGUUUAGACUUAAGGAUAAGAAUUCUUUUAGAAUGAUAAAAAGGGUAAGCAGAGCAUAAGAUUUAGUAAGGCUUUAAGUUCAAAUAUGGGUGGAUUUAUUCCUAAUUAUGACUAAGAUAGCAUCUCUUAAUUGAAAGAGAUAGAUGAUAUGGAAGAGUAUGAUGCUGAGAGCUUAAUGAAAACUUAAUCUAUAAGGUUAUCUACACUUAGAGCUCCUUCGAGAAAUCCUCAUCAAACUUCUAACUAAUAUCAUAAAACCAGUCUGCCUCAUUUAGGAGCCUCUUCAAAUCAAAAGAAAGGAAGUUAUCCAUACAAUGUUUUUGAUUCGCAAUUUUAUAGUAGAAAAUAUCAAAUCAAUAAGGUGGUAACUCCACUAGAAAAAAAUCUUGAUGAAAAACAAAUAUUUAUCACUACUUUUAAAGUUGAGAAUUGUUAGUCACUGAAAUAGAAACUUUCUUAAAAAGAGCCAAUAAAAGAUGUUUAUAAUCCUGUUAGCUAGGUUUAAUUUCGUGAGUCUCAUACUCCAGAAAAGAAAGAGCCUUAUAUAACCAGAUUUAAGUGUGACUCACUGCCAAAUCCUUAUGGAAUGUCUUAGCACGAUAGCAGACCAAAGGAAGCACUUGAACGGGAGUAAAAAGAAAAGAAGCGUAAGUAAGAAGAAGAAUAAAAGAAGAUAGAUGAGUUUAUGGGUAAAACACAGUAAGAUAAGCCUUGGGUUAAGUACUUCAAGUUAGCAGAUAUGGAUCACAAUUUCGUAGAUCAAAACAGACCACAAUUACUCGAAAAAGGUUCAUAUGCAGAUCCUUCAUCGAUUCUUUAUAAUUUACUCAGAGGAGACUCCGAAUACAAACUUCCAUUCAAGCUUGCUCAUAGAACUUUAAGAGCAGGUGACAAAAACUUAUUUUUAGGUGAAGUCCCUGAUUCUAAAUUUUGA